AUGAUACCGGUCGAUAGUUGCUGCGAACCAGAUGUUACUAAGUGCGAUCAUAGCUAUUGCUUCUUUGUAGAAGUGCGAGGUACAUCUCCUUUCUGGAUUUCCGGAUGCACCGAUGAUGAGUUCAAUGGUUGUGAUCAGCAUGAUAUACCAUAUAACUCGGUCCUGUUGCGAUGCCAGUGUCAAACUGACUUUUGUAAUCCAAUCGACAGGAUACCGCGUUGUUCCAGGAAGCCGUUCAACAACACUACAACAAAAUCUCCUGGAAAAAUACAUGAUAUAAAGAGUGCUGCAUGGGCUAAUCAAAUCAAGUCAUUCAAUCCAAUGAUGCUCCUUAUAUUAGUCUCCGAGAUCUUUCACUUAAUUGGACAAAGAGCGCCCGAUAUGGAAGGAGGUUUCUGUCGAGUAGAUUUGCCACUUUUCAUGGUUGUACCUCCUGCUGAAUUCAGUCCCAUACAAAUGCAAGUUUUGCGGGCAGCGCCAGAACAUGUUGAUGUAAUGCAUUUGAAUCAGUUCUACUUCAUCCUUUCGAAACAUAUUGUCAAAUUAGUUCCAGGUUAUUUCAUAUUCCUGUUUGCUCUUGAUAGAUCUGAUGCUACCGAAUCAUUUUUCGGUGCCCAUAUAUUGCAUAUCGCAGUGUUUUCAGAUGAAGAUGGACACUUACUGGCGGAGACAGCACUGUUUUCAUUUCUGCAACGUUGUGGUUGGAUCCUAAAUUGUGCAUUGCAUCAAGGAGCAAAGCCAAAGAAAAUUGAUUCAACCGAAAUACAGCUUUAUCGAGAAGCAUUCAAUUGUGCACUGCAAUUCAGUCGUUGGUUCAAUUCGAGGCAAGCGAUUUAUUGUAAAAGAGACAGUAGUUAUUUAGACUGA